UGACGCAAUCUGCUGUAUAUACGCGUCAACCGUCGUGCGACUUAAAAAUAAAAGUAUAGGUUAAGUUUAAAUGAAUCGUGUAUUGCGUUUCAUAAUCUGUAUUAAUACAUUGUUAUUUUGAGAAUAAUUUAUUGCGAGUAUUGUACAUUUACGAAAUAUUAAAAUAUGUUCCGCGUCGGCAUUAGAUCUGCCCGUAAUGCUUUGGGAUACAGAACAUUUGCAAACGCUCCAGCCCAAGAGCAAGCAAUUUCAACUGCUUUCAAAGUUCAAGAUCCAAAAGAUUUCAACGACCGCGUUAAAAACUCUAAAGUGCCUGUGAUCGUUGACUUUUUUGCAACAUGGUGCAAUCCUUGUCGUAUGCUCACUCCUCGUGUAGAGUCGGUAAUUGCAGAAAAGCAAGGGAAGAUUUUAUUGGCAAAGGUUGAUAUAGACGAGAAUAGCGAUCUUGCUUUGGAUUAUCAGGUUGGAUCUAUUCCAGUAUUAAUUGCAAUGAAGGAUGGAAAAGUUUUAGACAGAAUUGUUGGUCUUCAAGAUAUAGAUAAAAUUAAACAAUUUGUAGAUAAGUAUUCAGAAUAAUGUAAUUUAUUCUAAUUACAAUUUACUAUUAAAAAACUCUGUAGUCAACGGGGUAGUUUGUACAAUAUUCUGUACAAGGAUGCUACCUUGAGUAACAAGUAUAAAGUACAAUUUUUAAUAAUGUAUAGCUCCAGCUUUAUGUAUACUAACUUUUAGGGAAUUGUUAAAUUGUUAAAUAA